CAUGAACAGCAACAACAGCCUGAAUCCUUUGUAUUUUCAGUUCACUCUGUUUGCAGACUUUGGGCCCCUCAGAUAUCUGUUCUUCAGUCUGUGUCUGUUGCUCUACAUGACUGUUGUCUCUGCUAACAUUGUCAUUAUUCUGACAGUCUGUCUGGAGAAGUCUCUGCAUCAGCCCAUGUAUAUUUUUAUCUGCUGUCUGUCUUUUAACUCUCUGUACGGCUCAGCCGCGUUCUUCCCCAGGUUUCUGAUGGACAUUCUGUCUGACACUCAUUUGAUCUCACGUCAAUUAUGUUUCAUUCAGAUAUAUGUUAUUUACACCUAUGCAUCAUGUGAACUGACUCUCCUCGGCAUCAUGGCCUACGAUAGAUUUGUUGCUAUUUGCCAGCCUUUACACUAUCACAGUAAAAUGACUUUUAAGAUGGUAACACAUCUUGUGAUUUUUGCCAUGCUCUACCCUGCAUUUGCUAUGGGUUUCAUGUGGUAUCUUACUGACCGAUUACCGCUGUGUGGCAAUAAACUGAAUAGGCUUUUCUGUUCCAACUGGCCUGUGGUUCUGCUCUCCUGUGUGGACACAACUCUGAACAACAUAGCAGGUCAGUUUCUCACGAUGACAACCAUCUUCAUCCCCCUGUUCUUUGUCCUGUACACCUAUCUACGUAUUCUGCUUGUUUGCAGGAGAAGCUCGUCUGAAUUCAGAGGAAAGGCGUUACAGACCUGCCUGCCUCACAUCGUGACAUUCAUGACCUAUUCUUUCUCUCUCUUCUGUGAGCUGUCAUUGACUCGAUUUGAGGCUGAUAAAAUGAAUCCUAUAAUCACAGUUGUUUUAUCAUUAGAGUAUUUGAUGAUCCCUCCCAUUAAUAACCCUCUAGUUUAUGGCCUGAGUCUGCCUCAAAUCAAAGGAGUGAUUUUUAGUUUUUUUAAGAAGAUUCCUGCUGCAAAAUGUAAAACUUAA